UUGUACAUAUAUAGAUGCUAGGCAGAGUUAAUGGUAGUUUGUUAGGAGUCCACCUAAACAUAAUUCUCCUGUUUGUUGAAAGCCCGCGUGAAAUUUAUUUACCAAAUUGCCACCCACAUCUCUCAAACUCUCCAUUCACUCUGCUGCUCAUUUCUCUUUGCUUUCUUAAUGGAAAGAGCAACUGACAGCGGCAAAGACGGUGAUCAUCAACGCCAAGUUUCCGACGACGACGACGAAGAAACAGAAAUCGAAGAAACUGCAUAUGAUUUCCACGAUUUUAACAUUCAUCAGGCAGUCAUUAAGGACAAUGUGCGCAAUGAAGCUUAUAGGGCUGCUAUCUUGCAGCAUCAGGAUAACUACAUCAAAGACAGAGUUGUGGUUGAUGUUGGUUCAGGAACAGGGAUUCUUUCUAUAUUUUGUGCUCAGGCUGGUGCAAAACGAGUUUAUGCAGUGGAAGACACUGAAAUAGCGUUGCAGGCACAAAAAGUCAUGGAGGCCAAUAAUCUAUCUGAAAGGGUCAUUGUUUUACAUGGAUAUGUGGAGGAUGUUGGAAUUAAUGAAAAGGUCGAUGUUAUAGUUUCAGACUGGAUGGAUCAGUUACUUCUCUAUAACCAUGAGAACAUGUUGGGGAGCGUCCUUACAGCCAGAGAUCGCUUGCUAAAACCUGGUGGUCUUAUUAUGCCUUCAAAUGCGACGCUGUAUAUAGCUCCUGCCACUCUUCCUGACAGAUACAGUUCAAAAAUUGAUUUCUGGCGCAAUGUCUAUGGAAUUGACAUGUCUGCUAUGGUACCUUGGGCAAUACAAGAUGCAUACGAAGACCCGUGUGUGGAGAAGAUUAAGAGUGAAAAUCUUUUAGCAUUGCCUCAAGUGGUGAAGCGUGUUGACUGUUAUACAAUUAAUAUACAGGAGCUAGAAUCAUUUAAAUCAAGAUUCGAGUUUCAGUGUCUGACACGAGCAACCUUUCAUGGAUUUGCUUUCUGGUUCGAUGUCGAAUUUAGUGGCCCUGUGACAUCCCCUGCUGAUAGCAAUGCACCACCCUUGCAGUCUUCAAGCAAUCACCCCACUACGAGUGGUCAAAAGAGAAAGCGUGACGAUCCAAUUGAAGCUAUUGUACUGUCAACAGCACCUGACAAGCCACCAACACACUGGGAACAAAUGGUGGUCUACUUGAACAAUCCAAUAGAUGUUGAACAAGGUCACCGGAUUGAAGGUUCUGUGACAUUGACACCUAAUCAGGAAGAAGAUGGUCCCAAAGUGCACAUCCGCCUUGAAUACAAGUCAGGUCACCGUUCCUUUGUGAGAGAAGCAGUAAUGCGCUAAUAUGAUUCUUGCUCUUUGCAAAUUCAUUCUCGCCUUUUAAGUAAGAAAAAAAAUCCAUAUGUUAAGUUCCUAGUUUCUGUUGUGAAGUAUUUGUCUGGUAGAAGCGUGUAAACUUUAGAACAACAUUGAAGCAAGCAGUAGUAUUCAAACUAAUACUAUCCAUAUUCUGUUUGUAUCACUCUCUAUGUAGCUGUCAUUCCAAGGAUAUAUUAAUGGUUAAGUUCUUGGCAAGUGUACAAAAAGCAUAAGACAUAACCAAAAAGCAAACCAGGAAAUUUCGCUCUGUGAAAUCAUGGAUAGGUAAUUAAAUUGGGCAUAAGACUAUACUACAAUAUAUGUACUGAAGGCAGAAAAUUCUGUAAAUCACACAUGAUCAACUGUACAAACCAGGGUGCAUUGUGUGCUCUGAGGAUCCAGCAGUGUGAACUUGAGCACACAUGGGUUCGAGACUCUAGCUGUUGAAUUCUGGGACCAGUUUCAGUCAUUCCAUUGUAAACUCCGCCCAAAUGUUAUCUUAAUUAUCUUCCUCAAGAAUAAGUCUAACUGA